AUGGCUGGCAACCAACAGCAUCCAUCCCUCUUCAAGCCCACGGAUCUAGUUCCUCCUGAUGCCCAGGCACCUAUCGAGAUGAAGAUGGGCAGCCAUGGAUUCUUCCAGCUGUUAGGAUGGAUGGGGAAAGACAGCCUUGGGGAGUUCAACCACGAGUAUUUGCCCAUCACUGGAUACAAGCCAUUUGUAGAUGAAACGACCAAACUGUUAUUCUCUGGAACCCGCGCUUUGGCUGAACAAAGGAUUGCAUCAUGCCAAUCCCUUUCCGGAACCGGGGCUCUUCUCCUUAUUGGGCUUGCUCUGAGGAGGCUGAACGACAUUUCCAAGACGAUUUAUAUAACGAAUCCUACCUGGGUGAACCAUAAGGCUAUAUUCACUACUAUUGGCUUCGAGGUAGGCGAGCUUCCAUGUUAUAAGGACGGAAUGUUCAAUUUCGAUGCAUAUAUAGGUUCAUUGAAAGACGUCACACCUGGUUCAUCAGUUGUGCUCCAUACUUGUGCCCACAAUCCCACAGGCUGUGACCCAACUAGGGAGCAGUGGAAGGCCAUUGGCGCGACUAUCGUGGAGAAGAAGCUCUACCCGAUAUUUGACUCUGCGUAUCUAGGGUUUAACUCAGGCUCAUUCGACGAUGACGCUUGGCCUAUUCGGUAUUUCUUGAAAAACCUUGGUAUUGAGUUUGCUGUAUGUCUUUCAACGGUCAAGAAUAUGGGGCUCUAUGGAGAACGCAUUGGUCUUGUCACCUGCGUCCUUCCAACAGCUUCUGCGGCUCAGGUGGCGACCUCAGUCCUACAGAAAGUGCAGCGGUCGGCUAUAACUGCCCCUCCAGCAUAUGGCGCUCGUGUGGCUGCGCAAGUCCUCGGCACGCCGCCCAUCAGAGAACAGUGGGCAAAGGACCUUGUGGCUAUGUCUAGCCGUCUUCGGGCGGUUCGUCGGCAGCUGUACGAGGAGCUAGUGCGCCUAGAAACUCCAGGUGACUGA